AAUAGAUUUGUAGACUAGAAUAAAAAUGCUUGCUCUUCACGUACCUAUAGAAAACUCUAUUAAAACUAAUCUAGUUUGUAUCGAUGAUUAUGAAAAAUAUUCCCAAAAAACUUUAUCCAAAUGUGUAUACGAGUUUUUUGCCGAAGGCAGUGGGCAACAAGAAACUCUCAAAAGUAAUACAAAUGCAUUUAAAAAAUAUAAAAUAAGACCUCGAUAUCUUUGCAAUGUAGCCCAUAGAAAUCUAAAGAUUAAAAUAUUGGGAAAAGAUAUAUCAAUGCCGAUUGGUGUUGCACCUACAGCUAUGCAAAAACUUGCCCAUCCCAAUGGAGAAACAGCUAUUGCUAGAGCUACACAAGAGUUAAACACAAUCUAUAUCAUGAGUAUCUAUUCGACAACUAGUAUAGAAGAUGUAGUGAAAGCUGCUCCACAUGGAAGGAAAUGGUUACAGCUUUUCAUUUUUUCUGACAGAAAAAUAAACGAGGACGUUAUAACCAACGCUGAAAGGAAUGGAUUUGAAGCUAUAGUGGUUACUUGUGAUUUUCCAGUACUAGGAAUUCGUUUAGCAUCAGCUAGGAAUAAACUAUACCUACCUCAACAUUUGCAACUUGGUGUUCUAAAAAAAUAUAUGGAACAACAAAAAAUGGACGACAUACGAGUAAUAUCAGAUCCGUCAGCGCAAUGGAAUGAUAUUAAAUGGUUGAAAACAAUAACGAAACUUCCUAUUGUAGCUAAAGGUAUACUAUCUGCUGAGGAUGCUAUUUUAGCGAUUGAAGCUGGAGUCUCUGCCAUUAUAGUUUCAAAUCACGGAGGUAGACAGUUAGACAGUCUACCAACAACAAUAGAAGUACUACCUGAAAUUGUUCAAGCAGUAGGAGACAAAGUUGAAGUAUAUAUAGAUUGUGGAUUUAGAGAUGGUACAGAUGUAUACAAAGCUAUAGCUCUUGGUGCAAAAAUGGUGUUCGUAGGAAGACCUGCAAUUUGGGGGCUUGCACACAGUGGAACAGAAGGUGUUAAAAACGUCUUGAAUAUUCUUCGAAACGAACUUGAUAUAGCAUUAGCUAUUUCAGGAUGUUGUAGUUUGGAUGAAAUAACACCAGAGAAAGUGGUCCAUGAGUCAUAUUACUCAAAACUGUAAUUUUGUCUUGAAAAUUUGAAAGCAAAAUAAAAAUUUGAUCAACAUGUU